ACCACCUUGAAGAAGAAGCUCCAACAAUGAGGGGUACCAAAGACGGUGAGGAAGUACCAAACCCAAACCGUGAUGUCUGGCUUAACAAUGAUGGAUUACUGACCAAUUGGCUCCUCGGCAGAAUGAAUGAGGAAGCACUCAACUUGGUGCUCAAGGAGCAGUUAGCAACCAAAAGAGGAGAUAAUGAGUCACUUGAGGAUUUCAUAAGGAAAUUCAAAGGGACCUGUGAUAGGCUUGCUGCAAUCAACAAGCCCCUUGAUGACCUAGACAGGGUUCUCCAAUUAUCCAGAGUUGUGGGAAUAAGAUACCAGCCUUACAACCUUGCUGUUUUGUCAAAAGCACCAUAUCCCACCUUCAACCAGUAUAUUGUAGGAUUGCCAAAUAAUCAAAAGGAUAUGCAAACUACAAGACAAGAAAGCAAAGACAAGACUCCAAUAUAUGCUCAAGUGUUUGUAGCACAAAGAAGAAGAGGUAAUCGAGGUAGAGGAUAUGGUACUAGGAAUUUCAAUUCUCGUGGAAAAGGACAUAUAGCACUAAAGUGUUGGCAUAGGUUUGAUCAUGCAUAUCAAAGUGAGGGGCUACCACAAGCACUUGCAACACUCACAAUGAUGAAGGACAGAGAUCAAAAUGUCUACAUUGACACUGGUGCCACUGAUCACAUGAUUGCAGAUCCAGUAAAUAAGUUUCCAGGAGGCAUUUUCUUGUCACAAGCCAAAUAUGCCAAAGACAUCCUUUGCCGAGCCUCCAUGCUUGAAGCCUUUGCUAUUGCUACCCCUAUGGCUAUUAAAGAUACAAUCACUUUGAGGGAUAAUGAGCUUGUGAAUGACCAAGAAUAUAGAAAACUUGUUGGGGCACUACAAUAGUUGACAGUAAUGAGACUUGAUAUUUGUCAUGUUGUUAAUAAAGUUUGUCAAUUCAG